AUGGAAGCAGUAAAGAAGUCGCGAGGCAAUAGUUUCUGGACUAUUGCCGUGAUUUUAAACAUUUUAUUCAGUGUGAUUUCCGUAGGGUUCUUUAUCUACAAAGUGCACGUGUUAGAGGGAGAAGUGUUCCAAUUGCGGAGCGACCUGAAGAACCAGGCAAAAGCGAGAGAAAGUGAAGAUGCAGAUUUGAUGAAUCGAAAUAAGAGAGCUGCUGAAUAUCAUGGAGAAUCAAAAACCUGCACCAGUUGCCACAAUGCUUGCGUUCAGUUAUUUGGACUUGGAGCUUCUGCGAAGGUCACUACAAAGAUUAACAAUGUUACAGAUCAAGACGUCAUCUGUUUGAGAGGAGCUCGAGGGCCGCAAGGUCGUGAUGGGCCCCGAGGACGUCGGGGUCGCCCAGGUUACAUUGGAAAGCCAGGAAAAACGGGUCCUCCAGGUGCACGUGGUCGCCAAGGACCCAGAGGGAGACCUGGAAGCGCUUUAGCAGGAAAUACUUCCAGACUAUUCCAGGAUAUAGAUAUCCCAAGAAUAAGAAAGAAGCCACCAUCCAGCAUGACUGUCAAAGAGGGAAGCAAUGUCUCCUUACCCUGCUACUCAAAAGGCUUUCCAAACCCAGAGGUCACGUGGUAUAAAAAUGGCCAGAAGUUAAACUCUGGGAAGUAUAACAGAGAUACAGGAAUGUUAACGUUUCCCAGCAUUCAAUUCAGCGAUCGAGGCUUGUACAGAUGCGAAGCGAGGAAUUUCAUAGGUGUCGAGUCCGCGACUGUGAAAAUUGUUGUGGAAGUCCCUCCCAGAUUUGUUCAGGCACCAGAGACCUACCAUCUGGGUUAUGAAACUUGGGAUACGACUCUGACUUGCAACAUCUUCGCCUUCCCUCCACCAAAGAUACAAUGGACCCGAUCAUUCCGGCCGUUGCCCAUUGAUCGUCACGCGGUGGUUGGUAAAGAUUUGGUGAUCAAGGAAACUCGGAAGGAGGACAGAGGACCCUUCAUGUGCCGCGGGGAAAAUCACCUGGGUCAUGUAUAUGCACUUAUUGUGCUCGUUGUGAAACCUGUCAUCCCACCUGUGAUCACUUCAGCCCCAUCAACCGUUGUCAAGGUGACGAAGGUCGACGGCAGUGUUAGACUGCAGUGUGCUGCCCGCGGGUCACCUGUGCCCAGUCUAGAGUGGAGUAAGGAUGGAGUGGUUAUUUCAACCAACUCAACCACAAAGAAUGAUGAAGAAGUGAAAGGGGAGCUCUUCAUUCCAACCUUUGGCCCAUCUGACCAGGGAGUGUACAAAUGCUUCUUUAAAAACUACGACAACGGAACUGCGGAGAUCACUACCGCUGCAGAGCUGGUUGGAUGCGGCGAGCCUCAUGUUCCAGUGAACGGCUUCAAGAUUGGAGAGAAUUACUGGGCAGGAGAGAUGGUGACUUUUGCGUGUGACGUAGGAUACCACUUGGAAGGACCUACAAACAGACUGUGCUUGGAAAAUGGAAACUGGAGUAACGUGAUGCCGACAUGCCAUCAUCUUUGCGAUGAACCUCCUCCUCUAGAGAAUGGCUAUAGAAUAGCAAAUGAAUUUUGGGAAGGGAAAAAUGUCACUUACGAGUGCAACAAAGGAUACCAGCUUAGAGGACCACAUGUCAGGGUUUGUAAAGAAAAUGGAAACUGGACAGAAGAAGGACCAUCAUGUGAAGGUCCGGAAUUCGAACAUUCAGAAAUCCUUCUGAACAAAACUGAAUACUGGGAGCUCCUUAAAGGCUGGCUGGGUCCUGUGUCUACACUGCCAGCCAAGUGGAAGCUUUGCUACAGAGCAACUGAUUAUGGAUGGAGUUCCAGUUCAUUCCACUCGCAGUGCAAUGGCUUAGGACCAACGGUGACGUUUAUUAGAGUGGGAGAGUACAUAUUUGGUGGAUACACCGACAGGAACUGGCAUUCGGGCGGCUCAUACACAGAUUCAGUCAAUAGCUUCAUAUUCUCUUUUAAAAACCAUUAUGGACUGGAACCAUUUAAGGUUCAUGUUAAGAAGAGUGAUCGUGCCAUGUACGGCAAAAGCAGUUACGGCCCAACAUUUGGUGGUGGACACGACAUUUACAUCGCAAACUCUGCAGGCUACAACACGAAUUCCUACACCAACUUGGGUCACAGUUAUGUGCAGUUAGCCGGCUACCGGUACGGCUCGGGUGACGCGGGAAGUUUGUUGGCCGGAAGUUACAAUUUCCAGCCUCAUGAAGUUGAAGUGUUUUAUCAGACUUACAAAGGCUAA